AGGUUCAGUAAUCACUCCCAUUUACAAUUCCCGGAUCAAACUUUGAUCAGUUGUUGAUCCAGAAACUGCAUCAAGGGAAGCACAUCUGGAUUUUUCUGGAAAGGAAAAUUUGAAAUGUCGUCUCCAAAAGGAAGAAAAUCCAGAGUGAUGACUGGAACAAUGGUAAAGAAACGAGGCGGCGCCAAACAUUGGAGCAAUGAUGAUGAUGAUGAUGGUGAUAGUCUCUUUGCUGAGCACCGGAUGACCAUGCUGGAUGCUGUUAUAAACAGGGCACAGAGAUUUGAUGCUAACAGGAAAGCUCUUCUGCACAGACUUGUCUACAUCGCUAGGCUGAGCGACCAACUCGAUGACAAGAGAGAUCUUGGAGCUCAUUAUGAGAAGAAGUUCAAGCAAUGGCAGUCCCAUUUCCAGGGGGAGGGAGCUACAGGAAUGCUGCUGGUCUACCCUAACCAUUAUGUGCACCUUGUUGAGUCCUCAAGUGAGAUGCUGAUGGCGUUGAUCCGUGACCUUGGCACCAUGGAGGUCACCGGAGACCAGGCUUUAAUCUCGCAGAGUAAGGUCCUCGUCAUCUCCAGCAACGUCCCCACCAGGCUCUUCAGCCAGUGGAGCUUCCGGGUCCUGAACCUGCCGGCCUCACGACUGGAGGAGUAUGAAACCUCGGAACCCAUACAGAGUCUGGCCCCAGAAUGUCUGGCGUUGAUGCUCAAGCUCGGUGCUUAUUUGGCAAAACAACCCAAGGUUACGCUCAAGAAUGUCAUGGACUCACUUCACGAGAAAGUUCCAGAUCUGCUCAUACCACAAGAUCUGAUUGGGUUUCUGCUGCAGAGCACUGAUCUCUGCUCCCCAAAGGAGUUUUUGAAUAGAUAUGACAAGCCACUAGAUAUAGUUCUGGAUAGUGAACUGGUUUGGCCCCUACCCACCAAAAACUUCCCACUGAAUUGAUGUGGAACACUCAUCGCAUUCAGCAACUGAGGAUUUCAUCGAGAAAUUAUUGUUAUUACUCUUGUAAAUAAUAUGUACUGAUGAGGCCGAUGUAUAUACAUUGUACAUGUACAUGUUCAUAGUUGGAAAAGGGAAUAAAAAUCUUGUGCUUGGGAUAUGUUAAACACUCUGUUUAAGACCGGUUGGAGUCUGGAUGCUGAUAAUUACCCAAUCUGCAAUAAAUACCUUUUCGGGGAAAAAAAAAUCAAAUUUUUCGUUUCAAAAGUCAAAACAAGUCAAAAAUUAUAAAAGUUAAAUGAUUUUGAUCAACAAAAUCUACCGCAAUGAUAUGCUCCGUGUGUUAAACAACUCCUUAUAUGGAGAUAGAUGCGUGCAUCGUGCCUGCUACGUGAUGUGGUGCACAACACAGAUGCACCGGUAAGUGUGAAUUUAGGACUACCACUGACUCAGUGGUAGUAUUGCGCAUGCCUACAGGACUUUAAACGUUUAACCGUUUAACUGGAUCUCAUGGGAGUCAACAUUUCAUGUGACACUGGAAAAUAAUGUUUAAGACCAGCCAGCCAUGUCUUUAUCAACGGUUUAAAACCAGCCACGUGACAGGCUCUUGACCAAUGGGAAUGGGUAAACUGCCUUUAUGAAUGCCAAUUAAUAGUCUUUUCUACCAAUUAAAUUGCUAUAAUUGUUAAUCAAAACACCACCAAAAUGUUAAGUUGUUUACGAAUUGUUACUCCUUGUUUUUUGUCUUGUUAAACCUAUCCUCUAAUAACUCUGGGGUAAAGUUGAUACUAUUUAUUGAUUUAGUGGACUUUUUAGUUCAGAAAGCAUAUGCCGUUUGGAGUGUUGUAAAUAUGUAUCACUGAUUACUUGACACGUAUCAUGUCUUCUGGGAAGUGGUCUGGCAAUAAAUUGUGAAACUUUCAACUUCCCAGUCUGCUUUUAUUUGCAAUUUCAGACCUUUAAAAAUGUGGCUGUGUGUUGUUUAUAGUCCUCCUCCCCACAAGGUAUGCAACAAUUGUAUACAUAUUAAAAGUAAGUAAUCAGCAAGGAAGCAGUCACCUCUGUUUUCAGAUCGGGAAAAGUCAAAUUGAAUGUCAAGUGUCGAAAAUCGUAGACAGUUUUCAACCACCCCUGAUUUUUAUUUGGGUAUUUUUUCCUGUGGGUUAUGGCAUGCAGAUCUUUGGAAUAAAUUUGCAGCAAUGAAAACCUUUCAAUUGCAAGGCUUCAAUAGGGAUUCGGCUUAUAUUUGAUCAACGAUUUGAAGAAUGGAUCUCUGUUUAUGUUGGAUUUCAAUUUGCAUUUGAGCACGCGAUGAAGCACGUGUAUUGCGAUGAUCGAAGCACGUGUAUUUGGCAUUAAACUUGCAAAUCUGCUACCUGUUGCUGAA